GGUGGGGGGUAGAUGUGGAAUAAAAUAUUAGUCAAAUGCGAGAAGCAGUAGUAGUUUUUACAUCAAUAAAGACGCAUAUGUACUAUUUAGUGGAAUACAAAAGAAAGUGUAUAUAAAAUGAAAAGCGGCCGUAAUAUUUAAUUGAAUACCUUCCCGCGUGUGUUCCAUCACUACUCCCCCAUUUCGAACAACAUAGAAGAGUCCCAAACCCAACUCCUUUGCACAUUGAGUUGCCCCACUGAGCGAAAGGUGGCUUCGUUACUGUGCUGGAGUUUGACUUCUUUGGAAUUGAGGGUGUGUCAUCAUUCGUGGCUCGCUGGCUUUGGUGAAAAUGCAGAAGAAAGAAGCUGUUCCGAUAUUUCGCUUCGUGAGAACAACAGUGUAGGAAACCAGUCCACCAAAUAAGACAUGCCGCGUUUUUGCUUGUUUAAAAGUGCUGGAGCUUGGCGUGCAAUAGACCGGCAUUCUCCGGGAAUAUUUUUUUUCUCCCCGAUUUGCUGGUCAAGUUUUUCUUAGUGGAACAAAAAAGCCCGGAAUCUCAUGCUUAUUUCGAUGUUUAAAGGGGCAUUUUACACACGGCUGGACGGUUUGGCUGAAGAGGAUACCGUGUGAAACCUAACUGCAUAAUUAACACCGACUUGUUUUUUAUUGUUAUUAUUUUUUUUAAUCACGGAUAAACAUACCGUUUAAAGUGGAUCUCAGGUUUCGGAAGCAGGCGAGUCACGCUGAGAUCUUUGAUCUUUACUUCUUGUUACCCCUCAGCCUUGCUCUUCCAACUUUGCUAAUGGUCUGACGCUUUGUGUGUAAUACAAGAUAUAACGUGGCUAAAUCACUGCUCUGCAGUAACUGCAGGUAUAAUCACACGCACAGGUCAUCUUUUAGUGCUUUUUAGCGAUUGUUUUUGUAGCUAUUUAUUGUAUUCCACAUUGAAAAGCGAACUACACCGGGUGUCCAAGCAAGGAUGACAGAGUAGCUAGGUGAGCUGUGUCUGACGUCUGCAUCCACCAGUGAUGUCUUUGUGGCUGUGGAGCUGGCCUGACGGGAGGCCUUUGCUCCUCAUCUUCCUGCUAUGGGACUGUCUCUGGGGCCAGGUGCUUAAGCCAACCCAGUGGCCCCUGGUUUCCGGGAAGCCCGUGCUGCUUGCCUGGAAUGCCCCUACGGAGGAGUGCGCCCCUCGCCACGGUGUCCACUUCGGGCUGGACCUGUUCGACAUCGUGGCAUCGCCCAGUGAAGGUUUCGUCAGACAAAACCUCACCAUCUUUUACAAAGAACGGCUGGGCCUGUACCCUUACUUUGAGAGCUCUGGCACUCCUGUCAAUGGAGGUCUGCCCCAAACCGCCAGCUUAACCAAACACCUAGAUGCGAUGAAUGAGGGUCUGAAGAAGUACAUCCGUGACUCCAGUAUCCGGGGCCUGGCUGUAAUCGACUGGGAGGAAUGGCGCCCUCUGUGGAUCCGCAACUGGGAUGCCAAGGACAUUUACCGGGUCAAGUCGCGCGAGCUGGUCUCCCAGAAGAACCCUAAGUGGACCCAGGAGGAGGUCGCACGGGUAGCGCAGCAGGAAUUCGAGCAGUCGGCUCACAGGUUCAUGCUGGACACUCUGAGGACGGCCAAGAGCAAGCGGCCCAAUCAGCUGUGGGGCUUCUACCUGUUCCCUGACUGCUACAACCAUGAUUACAAGGGCGGCUUGGCCGGAUACACGGGCCGCUGUCCGCACGUGGAGAUGACACGCAAUGACCAGCUGGCCUGGCUGUGGACUGAGAGCACUGCGCUCUUCCCAUCGGUUUACAUGCCGGCGGUGCUGCGCUCCACGCCGUCGGGCCGGCAGUUCGUGCGUAACCGCGUGCGGGAGGGCAUGCGGCUGGCGGCGGUGGGUGAAGGCCUGACCCGGCCCGUCUUCGUCUACACGCGGCCCACUUACACCAACGAGAUGUCCCUUCUGACAGAGGUGGACCUGGUCUCUACCAUCGGGGAGAGCGUGGCCCUCGGGGCAGCUGGGGUGAUCUUCUGGGGAGACACCGCCUACGCCAGCAGCAAUGCCAACUGCACCAACCUCAGCUCAUACCUGCAGGGUCCUCUGGGAACGUAUCUGCUCAACGUCACCACGGCCGCACAACACUGCAGCCAGUCGCGCUGUAGCUCCCGUGGUCGCUGCCUUCGCCGCCUCGCGGAUGCCGACUCCUACUUGCACUUGAACCCGCAGAGCUUCUCGCUAGAGAGCACUGGCAGGCGGCUGCAGGUUCGAGGGCAGCUGGGGGCUGGUGACAGAGAGACCUUCAAAAGGGAUUUCCAGUGCCAGUGUUACAGCGGCUACCAGGGCGAUUCUUGUUCCAGGGAGAUUGGACCACCUGGGGCCUCCUCUAGUAUGGGGGCGACGUGGGUGUCGGUUAUGUUCUCCCUGCUCCUCCUGUUCCUCCUCCAUUGACCUGGAGCUCAGGUCCUAGUUGUAGCCUCAAGCUCCAUUUGGACAUCAUCCUUGGUGAGAGCUGGGGAAGGGAUCUAGGGAAUGACUGGGAUGGUGUAUCCAACCAAAGGGGAAUGGGUAGAUCCUGCAGGUCACAGAAAAAAAGGAACACUCCAUUUGUGGCAUACACCUGACCUAUGCACAUCCUCAUCACAUCCCAUGAUCUUGAUUUUUUCUAGAAGACUCUUUUAUCCAAAGCGAUGCACAUUUUUGAAAGAAAGCAGGUUAGGCAGUGCCUGGGACAGUUGGGGUUGCUAAGGGGAUUCAAACCAGCGACUUUCUGUUCACAAGCACAGCACCCUAACCUGCUGAGCCCCAUACUGCCUCCCUGAAGAAGGCAUGAACCGUCUUCAGAGGUUCAGAGUAGGGCGAUGCAGUUGUUAAUGUCCUUACAGCAGCACUGUCUGUCACUGAACGAAAUCCUGCGUGACCAUUUAGUUUUGAUGUUUUUUUACGGGGGGGCGGUUCUGGUUAUCUUGUGUUAGGUGGGUUUACUCCACCUCUUUCUGUGUGUGACUGUAUGGAGUAGCCUGUGAGUCAAUGUGUAGCUCACUUGUACAAAUAUAUAUCAUAUGUCAACCUGUGUCUCUCUAUCCCAAUCUAGGGACUGGCCGUGUUUUUGUUUCCUGUGCAAGUGUGUAAACCUUCCACUGCUGCUCUUCUGGGAAUCGUGGUUCCUGGAAAAUAUGGACCCUGAUAAUAAGAGAAAGCACCAUGCUCUUUGUAUGCUUUCAUUUGUCUUUUGUAUAUUUUUGCUAUUUUAACUGGAACAGUAAGAGAAUACUUAGCGCUUGUGUGCUUCUGUACCUGUUUCAUCCCUUUGGUGGGUUUAUAUAAGCGAUCCUCAAUCCAGUGCACAUUUAAGGAAUAAUUUAAAAGUUAGUGCACUUGGAAACGUCAGGGGAGAGACGGUCCAGCUGAGCUGUGAAUGAACUACUCUGUUCGGCAGAAGUGAAAGCUGAGGUACAGUAAUUUCCCCUCCCCAACUCAGCUGUCUUGGCCAAAUGUGGUACAGAGGUUUUUAAUCAAAAAUUUUAAAUGAUUCUUUUUCCAUGUUUUAAUCAUAAAUUUUCAGUCCAGCAUUUUGAAGAUGCAUGUGUUUGUUUUUAAUUUGCAUAACUUUCCCCUUCCUGGGCCUUCCACUUUAGUCACGUGUUUCAGUUCAGCUUUAUUGACGCUGUCAGUAGCCCAUUCACUCCUUUAAUAUGCACUUCAAUGCAUUUUACAUUGCUCACGUGUCUGGCUGCUGGUUGGUGUGACUAAUAAACCAUGAAACAUGUCAGUUCUAGGCUAGGAAGGUCCUAGACAGCACUGCACUCCUUCCGUACCCAAAGGUUUUUCCAGGUUCUCCUGGGAAUUUAGCCCACAAAAGCUACCUUCAGCCCUGGACAGAUUUCCAUGAGGUAUUGGCUGGAUGCACUAAUUACAUGGAGCUGCUUAUUUUUUAAUUAUAUUAUUAUUGGCAAAUUAAAGAGAUUUUAUAAUUAAACUGA